GCGGCAAGCUGUUCUUGUUUUACAACCAUAACCACACACCCCCAUCCGCAAUCCGAAAGCGACAUCACUGGCGCUCAUAUGCGUCAUACACACUAUGGGCUGUAAUCUCUUCACCUUUGCUAAACCUCACAGCCUCCGCUCACCAACACAGAUAAGGGUGUGCUGCGGAAAGCUUCAGGGCGAAAGAAUAUCGCGCGCUGCGAUUCUUUCAUACGACAAAUCAUCCAACGAGAACUACAUAUCUCAUCGGCUCGUUUCAAACGUCCUUCGCGAGGACACCCAGCCAUUCGAUAAAGACGCAACGAUACGUAUACGGACACAGAUGCAUAGCGAAGAAGCGGAAGGGUAUGUUGAUCUCUACUGGUACUUGGAGCACGACCCAGAGCAUCAGCAUAACACACGGUUCCUCGUAACCAAGACAGACGACCCACCAUAUGAUGCUGUGUUGGGCAAGGCAGACGCGAGACGAUACGGUCUGGCGACCCGACAGGGCAGACGAUGACGAUAGAACAGACAGACUCUUGACUGUUUUAUCUAAUAUUUUACAAGGGAUUUUUUUCGGACACUGUGUCUUCAAAGAAGACUUAUUCCAGUCAUUACAGCCUUUUCUAGUGAGGUCGCAAAUUUCCUACCCAUAAUGUACCAUAAUGUCACUCAUUUUCGAUAGUAGGUAUCUAGAGUUAUGUUCAGUUAUUUAGUCUUGGUAAUCUAUCGCAAAUUCGGUACAGGCAUCUUUUC